AUGGAGGAGAAUGAGGAUUGCAGAUUGUUGUGGAAACGUGAGCAGGAGGGGUGGGCAGGCAUUGAGACCCCAUGGUUUGCAUCGAAUAGAACGCAAUGUGUUCGCCCAAUGUCCAAAGUGAUCUUUGUGUGCCCAAACACAGCUACAGUAGUUGCAAGACUGGCCCAUAGUAGUUCUGUUGAUCUACAGUACGAAAAUCUGUGGCUGGUCAGCGAGCAAAGUUACGAGCGAUGCGAAAUAAAUCUGAUGACUGAUACGAGGCUAUGGCUGUGUGACGAACCCCUUAAACUGAAAUAUCAUACGGUGACGUUUAAAAGAUUUAGCGUAGGCAAUGAGCCCGAAUUUCAGCCGGGAAAAGAUUACUAUUUUAUAGCAACAUCAGAUGGAAGAAAAACGUCCAUUAACAGUACGUUUGGAGGAAACUGUAAGACACACAGGAUGAAGCUGAAAUUCUAUGUUUGUACGAGCAACACAGACCCACGUUGCAAUAGUGAAGAUAUGUGUAACGGUUCCACCACAACACAAUCCCAAGCUUCAUCUGGUCCCAUCAACCCACCAAAAACUGUUAAAUAUUAUUCAACCAUCAAAAACAGUUCAGGUGCCAACAAAACUCAUCUUACGACAGCAAUCAGUAAUCUGGGUAAGUAA